ACGUUUUCCUAUUUCUUUAGUAGAGAAAAUAUCUUAAAUAGUGACAAGAAAAUAAAUAAAUUUAUUGGACUGGACUUUGCCUUAAAAGUAUGCUAUUUAGAAAACAAAAUCCCAUGUGAUUUGUAGUCCAGUCUUAGUAGUAUAAAACAAAAAAAAUCAAACAAAACAAAUGCAGCAGUGAAAUGGAAAUAUCUUAUAACAUAAAACAAACAAAACAACAAUAACUGUGGACUGGUUAGAAAAAAUACUUUUAAAAUAAUAAUAAUAAUCAUUAUAAAUAGUUGAUGUGCGAAUGCAAAACAAAACUUGAGUUUCUCAUAGAUGUACAGAAAUACAUAUAAUUUUGGAAAACCUACAAACAAUAGACAAUUAAAAAUGAAAAAUUGAAACUACUAUAAAAAGCAAACAAAACUAUAAACUUUUAAUUUAAAAAAUAAAUAUUGAUAUUUAACAAAUAGCUGAAUCAAUAGCAGACAUUUUAGAUGUCGAAUGAAACUUCGAUUAGAAACAACCACACAACAAUAAAUAAAUAUAAAAGACCUUGCAACUAUUUGAAUGGAAAUGAAAUGCCUAAAUAAAUAAUUGAAUAAAUUCCAAUAAACACGCAAAUCUAAAAUAAACAAUGGCGUCCAAUAGUGUCUAAAAAAUAUAUAAAUAGAAAGCGUAAGAAGCAAAAUAGCCAUCGAAGUGAAAGUAAACAUUGAUAAAUAUCAAAAUUUGAUUUAAUCAUAACAAAAGCAGUGGAACCUAAACACAAUGUCCAUGGCAUUAUGCAAUUUAAAUGGUGACGGCAGUGCGGCGCAGUCGACGUCGCAGUCACAGUCACCGGCCGCCGCCGCCGCCGCCGCAGCUGCAGCGCCGUUGCUGUCUCACUCGCACUCGCACACGCUGCAGCAGGAGAGCACGCCGCUGCUCCUGGGACACGAGCACAGCAGCGGCAGCGGCACAGCUGCGGCAGAGGGCAGUGGCGGCGGCAGCGGCGGCGACGUCACAGACGUAGCGGUAACUUCCAUUGAAAUGCCCACUGUUGUUGCCAACGAUGGCGGCGUACCGUCGCUGCCGCUGCCUCUGCCGCAGUCGACGCCGCAGCCGAUGCUUAUGGCACUGCCAGCCAAUCUAAACUUCGUAACGGGACCCACGACUCAGCAACUGAUGAUCGGUAAUGGCGCCAUGGGCGUACUUCCCUCGACCAAUGACAGCAACAAUAACAAUAACAACAACAACAAUGUGGACAAUACUAGCGACGAAUCGAACCCGGUCACCAUUUACAGGUGCCGGGCUCCCAUUGCGUCACUCGACUGUAUGGAGGAGUUCAGUGGCCGCUCGAUCAGCUUGGGCUCCAAUCCGGCGCUACCACUGCGUCAUGGUUCCACGCCGACGCCGGGGCUGCGGUACAAGAAUCUGGGCAAGAGCGGGCUGCGCAUCUCGAACGUGGGACUGGGCACCUGGCCGGUCUUCUCGCCGGGCGUGAGCGAUGACCAGGCGGAGGCCAUACUCAAGCUGGCCAUCGAGAGCGGUAUCAAUCUGUUCGACAUCUCGGAGGCGCACUCGGAGACGGAGAUCGGCAAGAUACUGCAGCGGGCGGGCUGGAAGAGGACCGCCUAUGUCAUCACCACGAAGGUCUACUGGAGCACCAAGUCGGAGGAACGCGGUCUCUCGCGGAAACACAUCAUCGAAUGUGUGCGUGCCAGUUUGCAGCGAUUGCAGCUGCAGUACAUCGACAUUGUCAUCAUCCACAAGGCGGAUCCCAUGUGUCCCAUGGAGGUGGUGCGCGCCAUGAGCUACGUGAUACAGCAGGGCUGGGCCAUGUACUGGGGCACCGCACGCUGGAGCCAGGUGGAGAUCAUGGAGGCGUACACCAAUUGCCGCCAGUUCAACUGCAUUACGCCCAUUGUGGAGCAGUCCGAGUACCACAUGUUCUGUCGCGAAAAGUGCGAACUCUAUCUGCCGGAGAUGUACAACAAGAUCGGCGUCGGCCUCAUGGCCUGGGGUCCACUCUCGAUGGCGCUCAGUGACACCCAGAAUGGCGACAAGCUCUUCCUGCCCAAGGGCUCCUUCAAGACGAAGAGCUUCUCCUGGACCGAGGACGAGAUCAAUCGCAAUGCCGCUCUGUCGCCGCAGGGCAGUUGGGGCAAGGACCGCAUUGACGAGGGGCGCCGCCACUGCGACCGCCUCCGUGACCUUGCCGCCCUCGCCGAGAAGCUGGGCUGCAGCCCCACCCAACUGUCCAUCGCCUGGUCGCUGAAGCAUGAGCCAGUGCAAUGCCUCUUGCUGGGCGCCACAUCGGCGGAGCAGCUGCACCAGAGUCUGCAGUCGUUGCAGCUGCUGCCACGACUCUCCUCGAGCGUUAUGCUGGAGCUGGAAAGGAUAUUGGAGAACAAACCGGUGCGGCCGCCGAUGAUCUCGACAUUGGCGCUCCGGUGACAAUCAGCGUGCCCGCAGGGGCCGCUCAGCCUGAGCGGUGGCGGACCCUGCGGCGCCGAUUCGCCCAAGCACGAGGAUGAGGCCUUCAUUGAGGAGGUGGACGCUGCCAAGGACGCUGCCAAGCAGGGCUUCUGCCUCAUCCAGUGACAAAAGGAGUCCUUAGAUAACGAUAAUAAAUUUUUGAAAGUGAUUAGCAGUAAAACUAGCCUAAGUAGCAAUACCAUGACGACAACAAUAAGCAAGCAGGAGCAGCAGCAGCAGCAGCAGCAACAGCAGCAUCAGCAGCAGCAGCAGCAGCAACAACAGCAGCAACAGCAGCAACAGCAGCAACAACAGCAGCAACAGCAGCAGCAACAGCAGCAGCAGCAACAACAGCAGCAGCAACAUCAGCAGUAUGUGCAACUACAGCAGCAACAUUUGGUGACCAGCGAUUCGGCGGCAGCUGUUCCCAUCCCGUCAGCUGACCUUCAGUUUGAUACCCUGAAUAAUAACAACAACAACAGCAAUAACAACAAUGGCAGUCCAGAGCAGGCACUGCCCUCCACUGGCGAUGAGCGCCAGAAACGUCGCUCCCUGCUGAACUUCAAGUCCCUGGACUUCCAUCUAAAGUCCCUGUACAGCGGCCUACGGAGCACCUCAGGCACAACUCCACCCAGUCAACCGAAUAGCUCCGUGCCGGCGGUGGAUCAGCCGCAGCGCAGGAUGCCCUACUUGCGGGUGGAGAGCGUGGAUCCCGAGGAGCCGCGUGGUCCUGUACUCCCAGGACAUUCGCCCAGCUUUCUGUCGCCGUACAGCGGCGUUGGCGCCGGAGCCACUAGCCUGCAGUUGCCCACAUCGGAUGGCGGCACCAUUCGGAGAUCCUCGACCUCGGACAUUGUCAAUUGCAGGCGGGGAGGGGGAGCAGGGGGAACGGGCGGUGGUGUAGCCUCCGCGCAGGACAGCAGGAGGCCCAGCACCUCGGAUUUGCUGAGGAAGGCCAGGGAGCGGAAGGGCAGCGAGGCCAGGAUGGGCAGAAGUGUCUCCCACAGUGGGCUAACCAGGGGCGGACCCGGCGGAGGAGGUGGUGGCCUCGGCGGGCGACGAACCAGCAUGGCCUUCUAAAAAACGAAAAAACGAAGAAAUAGAGCAAAAACUAUGGAAAAAAGAAACUUAAGCAAUGAGAGGGAUGGCGAAGCAAAAACUGUUGAUCAAAUCUGAAUCAGAAAUAGGCUGACAAAAUGGCGCUUAUGAAUUUUUAUCUAGUGAAGAAGAAAACUAAAAACUAAAAACUAAAAACAAAAAACGAAAAAAAAAGAAGAAAAAAAAUUAACAAUAAUAGAGCAGCUAUUAAGGAACGACUUUUUUGUGGAUCUAUUAUCAUUAUGAUUAUUAUAUGGUUACUACAAUUGCGCCUCGAAAGAACUAAAGUUAGUAGAUAAAUUAAUGCAAGUAAUGAACAGAAAACAUAACAUUUCAUCUCUCUUUAACUCUGUAUCUCUCUCUCUCUCUCUCUCCCCCCCUUCCGGCAAAUUUAAUAUAUAUGUAUAUGUAUAUAUAUAUGUAUGUAUACUUAAAGAACCCCCAACUUUUAUGACAAUAUUAGAACCUAACUAUCGUGUACUAUCGUUAAUUAUCGCCUGGCAAAAGCUCUAAAACUAACCUGCGUUCCAACCCAAAAAAAAAACCCAAUAAUGAUUCAAGAUCGAUCCAUUGUAUCACCACACUGUGAGAGUUCAUAUCAAGCGAGAAGUAUGAAGGAUAAAGUAUGUAAGGAUGAAGGAUGUAGGAUACCCAAAUAUGUACUAUGCUAUGGGAUAGUGUCUUUUUCAUUAAUCGAUUUGUAGACUUAACGAGUGUUAAACGAUUGUUAACGAUUGAAUUGAGGCGAGGCGCUGAAAAUGGACAGCGACUAAAGCGACUAAAGAUUACUAUAUACGAUUUAUAGCAGUGUCGUAUAAAUAAAUUUUAGCUAAACUAAUGAACAAAUAAAUAAAAGAGUAUGAGAAUAAAAACACUCAAAUGGUAAACAACAAAGAAACAAUUCAAAUCAAAUCUUAUUAAAUAGACAUUACUAGCAUUAUGUAGUUAAUUAAAUAACAAUUCAAGCGAAAUUUUUUUAAAUCAACAAACGAAAAACAAAGCAAAUGCCUUUCAUAACAGCAACAACAACAACAACAAACAAAAAGAAAAAAAAAUUUAUAUUUUAAAUAUAUGCCGUAUAUAUAUAGAGAUAUAUACACACACACACACAUAUACAUAUGUGAAAAUAACGAAAGCGAAGAAAAAUAAAACAAAGCAGCAACAAAUUGUUAUUAAUUAAUUGUAGUCCAUUAUCCGGAUGGCCCAUAUCCCAUACUUCAUAAAUAAGUGAAUGAAACACCAAUAUAGCAAUAUGUAGGAUAUACAUAUAGAGGAGUUCCCGAACACCCUCCCGAAUACCAUGUAUUUUAUCAUCAUUAUCGAGUACAUAUAUAAAGUCUUUCUCACAUACGGACUGUGAUUUCAUAUAAAAGUAAACGUAAACGUAAAAGUAAACAAUUAAUUAUUAUAUCUAACCUAAUGUAAUUAAAGGCUAAGUUCAUUCGAAAGAACUCACACACACACACACACACACAACACACACACACUCAACACACACAUUGACCGCAAUAACACGCAUGUAAUUUAAAGAUCUGUUCGAAAAAGAAAAAAAAAAAACAGAAGCAUAAAUAGCAAUUUUCAAAUCGAAUGGCAUUAUAUACUGAUACUCUACAAUUAAUUAACCAAAUGCGAUUGCCUUAAUAACGAAUAAUGAAUUAAAAACACUGGAUCUAAUCAGAUCGGAUCGGAUAUAACCCAGUCGGGAGCCGGUUUCCUCAAACUUCAGUUCCAGAUCGGAAUACAUUAUAUACACGCAUUCCCAUUCGCAUUUACAUUUACAUUUACAUGCAAGUACAUACAUAUUCCCCGCACUGUUGCUUGAGAAAUCGCCCCAAUAUAUAUAGUAUAUAUUGGUUUAGCUCCAUCGGAUCACUCACUGAAUAAAUAUAUAUAUAUAGUAUAUAUAGGGAGUACUAUACUAUAUACGAGAGUAAUUGCAUUUUUUAGUAAGUAGUUAAUCCGUCCUCAACAAACGGCCAACCAAAAAAAAGCGACAAAUUAUUGCGAUCGGCGCUGCUCAAUUGAUAACUCAAAGCAAAAAUAUUCAAAAUUAUUCAAAAAUAUUCAAAAAUAUUCAAAAAUAUUCAAAAAUAUUCAACAAUAUUCAAAAAUAUUCAAAAAAAUUCAAAAAUAUUCAGAAUUAUUCAAAAAUAUUCAACAAUAUUCAAAAAUCUUCAAAAAUAUUCAACUAUAUUCAAAAAUAUUUAAAAAUAUUCAACUAUAUUCAAAAAUAUUUAAAAAUAUUUCCAGAAUUUACACAUUUUGCCUUUCGGGAAAUGCAAAACAAUUAAAUGUAUUUUUUUUCAAACUUCUCAACUUGCAAUUGUGAAGAUUAGAGUUUGUUAUUGUUGGAGGUUGUGAUAUUAAUUGAAAAAUUGCUGAAAACAAAUCAAAUACAUAUCUGCAAAUCGCGCUUUUAUGUUACUUUGAAACCUUUUUAUGUGUUCGACUAAAACUUCAACUUAUCGCUGUUGAGCAAUAUCCUUAGCAAUAUUAGCCAUUAGGUUGAUUUCUUACUACAUAUUUAGUUUUUAUAGCUUUUAUAAACAUAAAUAGAGCGUACACUUUGUUUGAGCUUAAAGAGGAGUUUAUGCUAAAUGGGUAAUCAAUUAAAAAGCAGCGCCUGUCGGUAGAUCCAAUCAUCAAUUGUGGCCAAGCCCCCUAAAAAAAAGUUAAACUGAAACGAACAAACAAAAAAACAGCCACGUCGUGUGAACCGGAAAGCAAUAAUUCAAAAUGUUCAACUAACAAAUUGGUGUACAUACAUAAAAUCACUGGAAUAAGUAAUGAAGCACAUACACGCAGUUGCAUUAUGAGAUUAAUUUUAGUCUGUUGUUAACGCAAUUAUUAUCACGAUUAUUACGUUUACGAUUAUUAUAAACACGUAGCUAGUUAAAUCGAAUGAGAAUUAGCAAUUUAUACGCCUAAGCCUGAAAGUAACCACAAUUACACUCACACCCUCACUCACACUCACACUCACACUCUCACACACACACUCCCUUACAAAUACACUGACAAAAAAACGAAAAAAAAAAAAAAUGAAAUGCUAAUGCAGCGAACAAAAACAAAAAUGUAACGGAAAGUAUUAAGAAGCAGAGGAGCGUAGCGUUUAAAUCUAGAAAACAAAAUUUUACUUUACAUCAAACCAGAAAUAUUUAUAACAAUUGCAAUAACUAACAAACGAGAAGCGAUAUAAUGGAAGCGUAUAUGUAAUAAUAUAUCUUAAAAUUAUUUUCUUAUCGAAACUGGCAAUAAUAAGUAUUAAUAUAAAAUUAAACAACCAAAUAAUUAUAUUAUACACGCGCGAGAAGUUUGUAAGUUAACUUUGCAUAGAGGACACAUUUUGGAUCGAAUUACACUGAAAGAAAAGCUCGCACACACGCCAAGCGUUUACAUACAUACACACACACACACACACCCACUCACACACACAGACAGUGGCGCAGGAAGUUCGAUCAUCAUUUACCGUUAAUGCACCAGUGUACACCUACACACCCACACACGUACACACAAAAAAAUCAGCUUUACUUUAGAUUUUCGAUAAUUAAUUGCAGGGUUGUCGCCCAGGGUUGCUUAGAAUUCGAUGGGAAAAUCCAAUUCAGACGCUUGCAUAUAGGCGUAGAUAAGAAAAUAUAUACAUACAAAGUGCAUACAUAAACAAGCAAUAUCGCAAUAGCGCUCGUAUUAUUUCGCUAAGUUACUAGAAAACCGAAUAAUAAUAAAUAACAGAAAAACCUCUUUGAUUACCGUAUCGUACGUAUAAAAUGCAAAUUCGCGAUUGCGCGAUGGAUGAUCGAUGAUGGAGGGCAAAUUGUUUACACUUCACUUUUAAAACCACAUUUAAUACUAAUAUUUCGAAAAGCUAAUUCAAAUAGGUUAUAACAAUAACGAGCAACAAGAACAAGAAGAAGAACAGCAACAACAAGAACAAUGAACAAUGAACAGCAAAAAAAACAACACAGCUAAAAUACUGAAAAAUUAUAUAAAAAUACAAACUCUUAUCUUUCAACCAAAGAAA